AUGAGAGCCACCAGACCAACUUCUGGAGGUUCCAAGAAGGGGAAAGGUCCACUCGUAGAUAUGGCUUCCCCUUUCUUGACUUUUCCUGCUUCUGCCUCAGACAAGUCCAUCUUUUCACUUCCUGAUGAACUGCUAAUUCAUUGCUUGGCAAAUCUGGAGCCGCAUGAUCUCGAAAAGGCCUCACUGGCGUGCAAGAAAUGGAAUCAAAUCAUUGCCGAUGAAUCGUGCUGGAGGUGUGCUUUGGAGACCUACUUUGGGUCGUUGCCCAUACGACGCGUUUCUCAGUCAAGUUGGAAAAAGGAAUAUUUGAAACGGUCAAGAUUUCUGCGAUGCCUCUCAUGGGAUUGGCGAGGGCGUCAUGUCGUCCAGUUUGAACCUCGCGUGGGUGUUAUAGAUGCCAUUCAUGUCGACUUUGAAGAGGGUAGAAUGUUGGCUGCAUCACUUGACAAAGGAAUGAUUUCAUCAUGCAAUCCAAGUACAGGAAAAGUGGAACGGUCCAUAACCUGCUCUGGAGACCCUCUUACACCAGUACCUGUCUCAUGCAUCAAACUUGACAAGUUUCGUAUUGCUGUGGGCUACACAACGGGCCAUGUUGGAAUCGUUACCAACUUUCGCGAUCGAAGUGAAGCCACGAUAAGAAUAUUUAGAGACAAUCACAAUGGCCCUGCGACGGAAUUAGCUUGGGUACCGACUCUUGUUACUGGAAUAGUUUCCGGUGGUGUUGAUGGGAAUGUCAGAGUGUGGGAUGUUCCAACCAACAAGUGUAUUCGUCUCCUCAACGGUAACACAUCAAAAAUCACAGCGUUGGCUUGUGAUGCCCGAAAUUAUGUGAUUGCUGGCACCGAAUCUGGCUCCAUUAUCGUCUGGGAUCUCGAAAUAUCCUCAUUCAUCAGCAAAUCCUUGUCUUCUGCUGGUAUAUUGAAUGGUCUGGAUUCCGAAAGCGCUCCGGUCGAGUCGCUGGCGCCAGCACGAAUAAUCACAAUGCCACAAUCAGACUCGACCCUUCCUAUACCACAGGCACCGAUAGUUUCAAUGGUGUAUGAUCCACCAACUAGUACAGCUAUAAUAGGAUGUAAAUUGUCACAGUCUGAAUGGGCCAUCAGACGUAUCCAUGUUGGGACUGGAGCUAUCACAGGUGUGUUUGUACAGGGACACGUUGUUGAGCCGACGUGUCUUGUUUGGGAUCGCCCGGAAUUGGGUGUUGGUGAUAGAAAGACUAGUAUUAUGGUGUCCGGUGACAUUGGUGGUACGAUCUGCAUCUGGGCUGUAACGGAUGCUAUAGAAUCCAAAUCUUCUGCCACACCAUCAUCAAACCCGUACUCAGAAAUGACGAGAUUUAAGCCAACCCAUGUAAUAUCAAAUGUCCAUCAAUUGGGUGUUUUAUCACUGCAUUUGGAUCCAUUUAAGAUUAUAUCUGGAGGUGCCGAUGGUGGAGCUAAAGUUUGGGAUGUUUUGACUGGUAGAUGUAUUCGAACGUGUACAGGACGAGAAGGGGGUCGUGGUGCUGUUGUAGUAGCAGCAGGUCCAGCAAAUGCUGGAAAAGGUGUCAGGGCAGUCUACGGAGGACCAUUUCAAAUAAUAACAGCCUUCGGACCUCAUAUUCGAACAUGGGACUUUGCGCCAGUAGAUCAAGCCAUGCAUGCCAUGAAAUCCAAACCCAAACAAAAGAGUCGUCGCUAUGCACCUGCUCGUAGUAACAAUAAUUCCAAUAGCAACACAACACCGUCAAAACGAGUCAUGUCGCCACGAGCACUACAACUAGACUGGGAAGACAUUAAAGAUAUAGAAAGAGAACGAGAAUAUGCUCGUAGUGUAUCUGAACGACGAGAACGUAAUCUUCAUCGUGUAAAUGGAGGAGGAACUGAUAUGACUGAAGAUGAACUCGUUUCGUACGCCAUGUUAUUAUCAGUCGAAGAAGCUGAACGCGAUGCACUUAGGAGAUCAGCACAGCAAACGCCCUUGAUUGGUCCUGAAAUACUAGGUCCAGAAAGGACAAGAACUCCAGCCUCACCACCAAUGCCAUUUAUAAUGUCUCCUGAUUUGACACCGUCUCAAGAAUUAGGAGGAACGCCUACUCCUUCUGGUGGUGGUGGAGUUAGUAUACCUGAUUUAGGAUUACCACCUCCAUUUCCUCCACGAGACAACACAUCAAUGUCUAGGAGUGUCUCGUCAAGAGGAUCUUCAUUCAAUCAUCUAUCAUCUUCUUAUGGCGGUCGCCACAACAAUAAUAAUAACGAGUGGGAUGAAGAUGAUGAAGCAGUAGAAGAAGACGAAGAGGACGACGACUAUCCAACAUCCCAACAUGGCUCAUACGGCUCUUUAACAAACCGCCAACAUAUGAUUCCAUCCUCUGUAAGAUCCAACGAGAGAACAUUUGACGAUUGGCCUGAAUUGGAAGCGUCGCCGGGCAAAAAGAUUGUAUUUGGUAGUGGUGGAGGUGGUAUUGGAACCGCAGGGAGUAAUAGUCGAAUGUCAUUCACACCGGCUUCUCCUGCUAACAUGUCGAGGAGUACCAGCUACGGCAAUGAAAGGGAGACCGCUUGGUUGCAAAGAUCACCACAUUUGACUCCUAGUGGUGGUAGUAGACAGCAACAUAGCAGUGUGAAUGUGAAGAAGAGGUCUGAGGAGGAGGAGUUGCAGCAUGCAUUGGAGUUGAGUUUACUAGACUCUUAA